CUGCAGGCUCACAUCGCCAUAAUAAUAAAGUCUAGGGAGGGCACACCGUAUGAGUGCCAUAGCGUACUACAGCAUGCUGUAGCACGGUGUAGCAUGGCCAAUGGUCAAGUCCUUCGCCCUCGGAGGGCUCAUCCUCUUAUUCUCAUUCUUAUUGCUGUUGUUAUUGUUGUCACUCCUGCUGCUGUUUAUCUCUUCUCUUCUCUCCCUCUCCCUCAUUCCUUUUUUUCUUUUUGAUUCUUUGUCCAUUGCUCGUUUUUCUUCAUUAUUGUCCUACACGUCCCACUCUUCUCUGCCUCAGCAGCUUCUCUCUUUCUCGGCAAUCUCUCAUCCCUCGCUCUUUCUCUCUUUCUCACCCAAACAGACGACUGAGCUGAACAGACUGACCGGUUGUUCGACAGAGGAAGCAGCAGCACCAACAGUCAGAAAGCACAGGCGCACCACGGAAUCCCUCACCCUCCAUUGACGACAAGGAAAACGAGCAAUAGCACCCCAUCCCACACCUCCAGGACAUUGAAACGACCGGAUCCCCUUCCCUUCCUUCCUUCCUUCCCUUCUCCUUCCUCUAAUUGGCUAUCCAACUGCCGCAACCACCCUUCCCUCACUCUGCCUAUUCCCAUCAUCUAUUCGAUUCCACCUCCACUUAAUCCGCGUGUCAAGGAUCCUCUU